AAAAAAAAAAGUUUCCGCUUAUAAACGGCGUUUGCUCACAGAAGAAAGAAAAAAAAAAGCAAAAAAAGAGCGAAAAGUUAAACCCCCCACCAUGACCACCGUCUCAACCCCUUCCGCCGCCGUAACGGAAGGCGCGAAGGCCGUCACACCUAAAUCUACGAACAACGGAAAGCUACGAGUGAUGUGUAGGUACGGCGGUAGCGUAGUCUCACUCCCGCAUACGAAAUCGCCGCGAUACGUCGGCGGAGAUACUCGAAUCGUCGCCGUUCCUCCCUCCGCGGAGACGAGCGUCGCUUCUCUCGUCAGCCACCUCGCGGUCGCACUCGGAAUCUCGUACGGUUUCAAGGUUAAGUAUCAGUUGCCUGAUCAGGAGGUGGACUCGCUCAUCUCCGUGGAGACGGAUGAGGAUGUUCAGAUCAUGAUGGAGGAGCACGGAUACCUCACGUGCGGCGAAUAUUCCUCCUCCUCGGUUGGUAAAACGCGCGUAAGGUUGUUUCUAUUCCCUUCGAAGACUCAAGGCGGCGCGAGUCAGGGAGAUCCAGGGGAUGUUGAUUGGCUUGGGAUAGGAGAGACGAAGGAUUUGAAUCAGGCGGUGCUUCAGCAUCCGAAGACUGACACGUGGUUUGUGGAUGCGUUGAAGGGGGUGGAGAUGAUGCAGACUGGAGGGGAUAAUAAUAAUAGUGGGAGUAGCGGUGGGAGCGGUGGGAUUUGUGGACAGGAGUCGAUGAUGCUUGAGACUAAUUCGUCGUUUGGAUCGACGUCGUCGUCGGUUUCGUCUAGUAAAUUGCCUCCGAUGAAGAGUACUGGGGAGGAUAAUAUGUCGAAUUCUCAGGUCAAGUUUGCGCCGAUUGAAUCACUGUCAAGCGGUAAUACUACAGUCGCACCAAUCUCUUCUCACGAGCUACCAACAAGCCCUCAUGUUAUCGAGACCAAAUCAUCUUCAAACCUGUACCAGCCUGACCUAAACAAACCAGUUCCAGUUUCGGGGUUUCCACCAUUUCUGAACCAAGCUCAACAACAGCAACAACAGCAGCAACCUAUCUACGUGGUUUACACUGGACAGCCGCCUUACAUGACCGGAAACGCACCUAUGACAUUACCUGCAUACCAUCACAUGAACCACAUACAGUAUCAGCUCCCGCCACAGCCAUACCCAGUCUAUUAUCCAGUUGAGCAGUAUAAUUCGAGGUAUGUUCAAGCUCCGCCUGUGAGACACAACAACUCUUUAAACACCCAUCAAGUUGAAUCCCCAGUGGCCCGCACCAGCAGCCCUCUAGCUCCAGAGUUUGCCUCACAGGUUUACCUUCCACCUAAACCCGUAGAUUCAUCAUCAUCGGUACAAACAUCAAGUGAAGCUGCUGUUAGUACCACAUGCAAAGAUGAUUUCAUCUACAACACUGACCUCGAUGACGAUACAGCUCGUGCUCAGAUUUACAAAUCUCAGCCACCCGCUCCAAUAGUAUCGUCUGAGUUGCAAACGAUAAUGCUGACUGAAGCUCUGGGUCAGCUAAGCACCCACAAAGGUUAAAAUGUAUUAAAAAUCAGUUUUCAUGCUGCUGAAGUUCGUAUUCAGGUAUUUGGUUUUACAGUUUUGUUUUGGUUCUCUUACAUAUAUAUAUACAUACAUACGUCUACUUUUCUUGUCUCCUUGGUGAUCCUUGUUUCAUCUUCUUUCACACACUCGAUUGUUGUAAUCCUAUAUCACAUAUUUUAUUUCCUUUCUCAAGUUUACUCGUUACAUUUUAUGAAGAAUUUGUUUUAUAUGAUUUUUUUUGCUUACAACUUACAAAUUAGCGAAUUUCGAU